AUGAAUUACAAUACAGGAGCGACCUUCGUCCCGGGAGGUGAUGACUCUUACUACAUGCCUGAACUGAUCCAACCGACACCCAACCGGUACGUCGCUAGAUCGAGGUCUCCAUGCCAUCCUACUGACAGAUACAGGGUACAUGAGCUUCCGAGCAACAUUGAACAGAAUGUUGCUCAAAUGGAACAGGCUGCAUCUAAUCCUCCUUCGGCAAGUUCACCAUCAGUUUACUCUCCACAAUCCGCAGACUACCUGCCGUCGAACACAUCUUGGAUGUCAGCGCCACCGCUCAGCAACAACAACCAGCAAGCGUUCGGACAGCAGAUCCCUUUGACUGCCCCAAGCCAAGCGUACCAGCAAGAUAACUAUGCGCCGAGAAACAGUCCCGGUCCUCAAACAGACCAACCGAACUUCUCUCCGUUUCCUAUCCUCCGAAACCCUCCACCCAACAUUCCACCCACGGACGAGCAGAAGGAAGCCACAUUGGAGGCAGCGAGGGCAGCUGUAUUGAGUUGCAGUGACCCAGAGACCCAGUUGACAUGGGCGCAGGAUGCGCUGUCCUUUGUGGAAGUGUGUCAACAGAACGAAGAGAGAAUAGCUUUGGCACAAGCCCCUCGGACGCGGACGCCUCGAAUUGAGCACGCUCUGAGGGAAGAUGCACUCAAGAUUGUGGGCUUUCUAGCAGACCAGCAUCACCCUAGGGCGGAGUUCAUGCGAGGCAUGUGGCUCGAGUUCGGCAAAUUCGGUCACCGAAUCGACAAGAGAGAAGCAUUCAAUUGCUAUACAAGAGCAUCCGAAAGGGGUUACAUCCGUGCUGAUUAUAGAAUCGGUAUGCAGUUCGAAUCAUCCAACGACGCCCUUAAAGCUAUCAAAUAUUACCAGAAAGGGGCCGCGAGCGGAGAUUCUGCUGCUUGUUACAGGCUGGGAAUGAUGACUCUUCUCGGCCAGCACGGUCAAGUACAAGACUAUGAACGUGGCACUAGCCUCAUAUAUGCGUCUGCUCAAACGGCCGAUGAGAACGCUCCCCAAGGUGCUUACGUCUUUGGAAUGCUCCAGGCCCAUCAAAUGCCCCAAAUCCAGAUACCGGAGCGCUAUCUGCCAAAAGAUAUUGCAGCCGCCAAAAUCAACAUUGAAAAGGCUGCCUACUUGGGCUUCGCCAAGGCACAAGUUAAGAUGGGGGCUGCUUACGAAUUGUGCGAGCUCGGCUGCUCUUUUGAUCCUGCCCUCUCUUUGCACUACAACGCCCUUGCGGCGAGGCAGGGCGAGCCUGAAGCUGAGAUAGCUAUCAGCAAAUGGUUCCUCUGUGGCCACGAGGGCCUCUUUGACAAGAACGAGGAGAUGGCUUUCACUUAUGCACAACGAGCCGCACUGUCAGGUUUCUCGACGGCGCAGUUUGCCCUCGGAUACUAUUAUGAGGUUGGUAUCUAUGUCCCAGUCAACUUUGAACAAGCCAAAGAGUGGUAUCGAAAGGCAUCACAAAGUGGCAACCAGGAUGCGGGUGGAAGAAUCGAGGCCAUUUCCCGAUCCAAAACAUUAUCUCGGAAAGACCAUGAAAAGCUUGCUCUUUCAAAGAUCCGACAACAGCGAGGCUCAAUGAUCGGGGGAGCACAAGUACCACCGGUGCCUGCGAUGCCAACCCUCACUGAAGAGCACGACUCUACGAUCAUCGAUAUGCCCGACCCAUCUCGCCUUUCUCUCAACUCUCAGAGACCUCCUUCAGCACGGCCCGGAAGCACCGUGCCAUACCCAACCGAUAACGCCGCUAUGCCGACAGCCAACCAAGGACCGGAUUUUCGACCAGCCUCGGCCUUUGGCAUCAACCCCAACCUUCGACCUGCUUCGGCUGCGACGGUGGGAGGCCCCAGACCUGAUCCCUAUGGACAACCACAUAUGUCGCCUCAACAGCGACCGCACUCGACGAAUGAGGCUAGAGUACACGCGGCAGGCUAUGGACAGGGUGCGCGAAUACCUUCAGGACGGACGACCGGACCAGGAGUUCUGCAAAUGCGGCCACCUCCCAAACCGGGUGCUACGUCGCCGUAUCUUGACCCAAGAGCAGCUGGUCAGACUCCGACGCCUCCGGCGCUUGAUAUUGGCUUUUCAGCUCCACUCGAAAGACCGCGACCUCAGCAACCCGCUGGGCCGAACAUGGGUAAACCUCAACCUCCUCAUCCGAACAACCCUUCUCGCCCAUCUUCUCGACCCAAUCAACCUGCACCGCAAGGCCCUUCGCAGAAUCGACCUCCGCAGGCGAUCUCACGCCCUGGACCUGAUCGUCCGAACAUGGGAUAUGGUCGCCCUCCUAACGCUCCGACGCCUCCUAGUAAAACGCCAACGCCCGGGCAACAGAAUGUGAACCCCGGCAAUAUGGCUCCGCCACGACCAGAUUUCAAUGGACCAAUCGGCGGAGGUCAAACAUCAAAGCCGACUUCUGUGCCGGCCAAUUCUGUCCGACCACCAGGGAAAGGACCAAAGACAUUUGAUGAGAUGGGUGUCCCCCCUGGCAAGGAUAAAAGCGAAUGCGUAAGUCGUGAUCCCUUGGCUAUGCCCAGGCAGAGUUUCCAUUGA